CUGAUCUAACCUAACAUCCAUCCGUCACACUUUAGAUAUCUGUCAAUAAGUAUUCAGCUGUGUUUUCUUCUUUUAUAACUUAUAUUCGAAGAAUGACGAAUGCUGAAGUUAAAAUUCAAGAAGCAUUUUACAUUUUAUCGCAAGAGACAAAAGAAUUAUGUUUGGAAAGAGAUAUUGCAGAAGUAACACAUACAAUCACACCGCUUAUUUUCUACCGAGAAUUUGUCUCAAAGAAUAUACCAUUAGUGAUACGAGGAGCAAUAAAACAUUGGCCUGUUAUAAGCAAGUGGUCCAUACCAUAUCUCCGUAAGAUAUUCGGUGAUGAGAAGAUUUCAGUCGCCGUAACACCGAACGGCUAUGCAGACGCGAUAGCCAAAACGGAUGAAACUGGGAAAAAAUUUUUCGUAAUGCCUGAAGAACGUAAUCUCAUGAUGUCAGAAUUCCUCGAUGAAUUGGAGAAUCCAUGGAAGAACAGCAUAUUUUACAUACAGAAACAGAACUCAAAUUUUAUAAGCAGUUUUUGUAAAUUGUGGUCGGACGCAGAAAUCGAGAUACCGUGGGCUAAUGAAGCGUUCGGAAAGUAACCAGAUGCCGUGAACUUCUGGAUGGGAGAUGAAAGAGCUGUGACUUCCAUGCAUAAAGAUCAUUAUGAAAAAUAUUGUGUUGUGAAUGGUGAGAACUUCAUUUUACAUCCUCCCACGGAUUUACCAUGAAUUCCAUAUCAAAAUUAUCCAUCCGCUGUUUAUAAAGAACACGAGUCUGGAAAGUGGACGAUCGAUCUGAGCAGCGGCACAUUCGACUCGGAACAAAUUGCAAAUUCUUCCACAUUGACACCAUGGAUAUGUAUAGACCCUCUAAAGCCAGAUUAUGAAAAAUAUCCAAAGUAGGUACACACUCUGAAAGUCACACUGAAUGCGGGAGAUGCGCUGUAUCUGCCAUCUCUAUGGUUCCAUCAUGUAACGCAGUCCCAUGCUUGCAUAUCCGUUAAUUAUUGGUAUGACAUGAAAUUUGAUAUUAAGUAUGCAUAUUUUAAAGCGCUCGAGACGUUGUGCAAAUAA